AUGCUUGCUCUUCACCGUAUUGUUCAUUCAUUUGCAACAGGGCCAGUGUCCAUCUGCGGCGAAGUGACCGUCUUGCACGGCGGAUUCCUGCUGGCGUCCAGGCUGUGCCACCCGAAGCCGUUAUCCGAACUGACCAAAUCCGACUGGUCGGUGGUGGGCAAACCCAUCCUGGAAGCUCUGCAGGAGAUCUGCACCUCCUAUUCCUCUUAUCCACCCCAGCCCAACCUCUGGAAGAAAAAGGCCGCUGUUGUCCUCUGGUCAAAAAUCCUCCUGUCGGGUGUGCCAUCCGACCAACGCUGGAAGAACGAUGCUUUCUUCUCCGUCAGCAACGCCAUCCCCGAGAUCAACCGCACCGUCCUUUUCGAGCUGUUCAAGGCGGUCAACGCGCCCCGGCUUUUUGCCCAGUUGCUUCUGGCGUUGCCCAAUCCCCUUUGCCAAAAAGAGCUGCAGACCUUCGUGGAGUACGUCGCCAAGGAGACGUCUCCGGCAGACGUAGUGUUCUUCCUGGACGUUUGGUGGGAGAUUAUGAAGCACAAAGGAGGCGAGGAGGAUCGCUUGGUGCUGCUGUUCCAAAACGUGACCCACCAGCAUGUUUUGGAGUCGGAAGAACUGGACCAACCCUCCAAGCGGUUCAAGAGCGGCCCUUCGUCCCUGCCGGAGAACUCCGCCGUCCCUCUCGUCCUCCCGAUCUUGACCGAAGGGCUCAAAACGAUCAAAGACAACCUUGGACCGACCAGGGUGAAGUGUUACGCCCUUGCUAACUUAGUGGAUGUCUUGUCGGCCUUGGUGGCCACCGAGUGCGAAGCGAAGGCGUUGUCUCCUCAGGCUUACUUGGAGAAGAUCUCCUCAGUGGUGACCCUCUGGAGCUGCGACGGCGAAAACCGAUACAGCAACAAGGAUUUGGAUGUCAAGGUGAAGGAAGCCGAGAGGAGCAUGAGUUUGCUGGACAUGGUCAAGUUGUCCAAGCAAUUGGUGCUCGGCAACUUAAGCUUCCUCCUCUCCUUGUUGAAGGAGUGGUCUUCAGAGCUCCAGGUUUUCUUGAAUGACCCUAAGCAGGUCUGCUACGAAAGCUACCGGCUCCUCGAUUGCUUGGCCUCUUUGCAGAAGAGGUCAGGCGAUUGCGGCCUAGAGGACCUCGACCAAGCCCGAGUGAUGUUGGAUUUGGGCAGAGUCAUCGCGGACCUCCUGAAGAAGAUCAACCCUGAGACUUGGGGGAAGAGCACCAGCGGCGAUCUGCUGGCUUCAGUAGCCAUGGUGAUCAUUGACAAGAAAAUGGACAGACACAAAGAAGUGUGCUCUGUGUUUGCGAAGGAGAAAAACUGGGCCUUGAGCAAGGAAUGGGUUGCCUGCCUCGUUAAGAAUAAAGAACUUUUCCAGGAUCCAGAACUGAUCUUGAAGCUGCUGGAGACCGUCGCCUCUCUAGAAUCCUCUGAGGAUUCAUCCGGAAACCAAGAAGAACAAACCCAGCUGGUCAAGAUCAUCCUCGGGUGUUACACCGAACUUUCCUUGCCAGAUAAGAACAAAGUCAUUGCUGGUGUUUUGGCGACUUGGGGCAGGCUAGGCCUUUCCAAGCUGAUGGUAGCAUUCUCCGAAAGAUUCCAGGAGGAACUCAACGUGGCCUUCAACCAGAUCAUCAAGAGCGCCUCUGGGGAAAGUUUUAAGAAAGCCAUCCUUGCAGUGUCCCGUCUGGUGGUCCUCAACCCAGAAGGUACCAUCAAGAAGAUGAGUAAUUUAGCUAUCGCCAACUUGGGAACCCAUCAAUACUUGGCCGAGAUCCUCUGUUCAUUCCCAGCUCUGAACUUCCAAGAACCGCGGGGUCAGCCCGACGUAUCCGUCAACUUUCUCCUAGAAUGUUUGAAAGAGGCGGUUUGGGACCGCCUCUCUUCUCCCAAGGAGAAGGAGCAAUUUUUAGAGUUUCUAGGUCAUCUCAUGCAACCGAGUGGAACAAGUCCCCUCCUGUCUCCUUCGGAGGUCAUCCAAAGCUUGAUCUUUCCAUUUCUGAAGUCGGAUUCUCCCCGAAUUGAGCUCUGCUUGCAAAUCCUCGACAAGGCUUUGAAAGUCCCCUCGGAACAGAGCUGGAUUCAUACCUGCCACCCGUUUCCACUCGCCUUUUCUCUCUGCAAACUCCUGGAUGGCUUCUGCCAAUAUUGGCACCAACUGCAAGACCAAGAGAGGUGUUCCCUGGAGACCAAAGAUUUGGUGGUCACCAACUUAGCCCAGCUUUGCGAUAUUCUUCUGGUCCAGAAGGACUCCUUGUCUCCCCAGCUGUGGACCCAGUCGGUAGCCUGGUUGCACAAGAAGAUCAACGUCUUGGACUGGACCAUUGGCCUCCGCAUGAAGAACGUCUUUGGAGAACAUUUCAAGAACGAGGUCCCGGCGACUCUCUUUGAGGUCUGUAAGCUUCCAGAGGAGGAAUGGACGACUCGUCCGCUCCCAAAUUAUGGGCCAGGCAGUGGGUUGCUGGCCUGGUUAGAAACGUGUUGCGUCUCAACCGCCCUGCGGGAGCAGAUGCUCGUUCUACUCAUGAUUAACGUGGAUAACCCUGAAGAGGUCAACCUCUUCAGCAAAGGGUUCUUGGUGGCCCUGGUCCAGGUCCUUCCCUGGUGUAGCCAAAGUGAGUGGAAAAGACUUGUCCAUGUGAUCAAAAGUCUCCUGGAACGAGAGAUCCUCUACGUGCCUUACUCGCUUGAGUACGUCCAAUAUUUACCGUUGUUGAAUUUCCGGCCUUUUGCCUAUCAUCUCCAGUUGUCCGUCCUUCUCCUGCGGACCUUCCAGUUCCUUUGUGGUUCCAGUGGCGCGACAUGGAUGCCAGUGGAGGCGUGGAAACACGUCGGAAGGCUCUACUGCCUUAGCUUAUCCGAUCUUCUGGGCUCGGUGAAGACCAUCGCCCGUGGCCAGUGGCACUCCGCAGAAGAGAAGAACGUCGUCCGGGAGCUGUCCUUUGUUUACAUCCAGAUGUUCUGCCAUGUGCUUCAUGUGGCCGCCAUGUUGCCCGACCAUGGGACGGGGGAACCUCUUCUGCUGCUCUCCUUGGAGAUCCUCUCGCAGUAUGAGAUGCUGUAUGACCUCGAUGAAUCGCUGGGGAGCGCCCUGCGCAAGGCGAACGAGAUCCACUUCCUGGAAUCCAUCGUGGAGAACGUCACCAACAAGGAGCUGCGCACCAUGCUGCUCCACAAGCUCCAUAAGCUCUGAGGAGCCAAAUUCAGAUUUUAGGAGGUGCACGGAUGGCGGGGCCCCGGGUUGGGGUUCGAGAGAAGCCAAAACAGCAUUCAGCAGAGGAGAGAAAAAUCUCAACGGGAAAUUUGCAAGAUCUAUAAUAAACC